AUGAUUGAAUUGAAGCUGGAAGAUCAUUCAAGCCUUCCGGCAGUCCUGCCCUGGAGGUACUGUUUCGCGUUGGUUCCACUCCUUAUCUUCUUCAUCUACAAAUACACUCUGGCAACUGAUAUCCCUCAUAUCAAAGGCCUACCAGAGAUCCCCGGCUCAGUGCCGGUCUUCGGCCACCUCCUCAAACUCGGAGAUGACCACGCAAGUAUCUGCGAGAAAUGGUGGCGUCAAUAUGGCCACUCCGUCUUUCAGAUCAAAUUAGGCAACACACGGGCAGUGGUAGUUAACUCCUUUGAAGACUGCCGCAAGAUGCUUCUCGGACACCAAAAUGCAAUUAUCGACCGCCCGAAGCUAUACACAUUCCACGGUGUAGUAAGCAGUACUCAAGGAUUCACUAUUGGCUCAUCUCCCUGGGACGAGUCUUGCAAAAAGAAGCGAAAAGCAGCCGGAACGGCGCUAGGAAGACCUUUCCUGCGCAGCUAUCACCCCAUGUUUGACCUGGAAAGCUACUGCAUCCUCCGUGAUCUACACCUGGACAGCAAAAAUGGUGCCGUCGAGGUUAGUGUCCGACCUUAUAUCCAGAGAUAUGCUCUCAACACAACCCUCACGCUAUGCUAUGGUAUCCGCAUGGAUGCCGUCUAUGACGAUCUCUUGCGUGAAAUCCUUCACGUCGGUUCCGCCAUUUCUCUCCUCCGCAGUGCAUCAGAAAAUCUUCAAGAUUAUAUUCCUAUUCUACGAUACAUGCCAAACAACGAGAAGACUGCCCGGUCAAAGGAGCUGCGGGAUCGUCGCGAUGCGUACUUGAAUCUCCUCUUAGACAAAGUGCGAGAGAUGAUCAAGAAAGGAACGGAUAAGCCUUGCAUUUCCGCAGCUAUCCUCAAAGACGAGGAGACUAAGCUCACGGGUGUCGAGGUAUCCUCAAUCUGUCUGUCACUGGUCUCUGGUGGAUUUGAGACUAUCCCUGGUACCCUCACUUCGGCUAUCGGGUCGCUAUCUACUCCCGAGGGACAGAUCUGGCAAGAUCGCGCUUACGAGGAUAUCAAGCGGUAUUAUCCUGACGUUAAGGAGGCUUGGACGAGUUGUAUAUCCGAGGAAAAAAUCCCCUACGUGAAUGCAAUUAUCAAGGAGGCUGGUCGCUACUAUACUGUCAGCUCGAUGAGUCUGCCCCGAAAGACUGUGACAGAGGUAAACUGGAACGGUGCGAUCAUUCCGCCGAAAACAAUGAUUUUGAUCAACGCGCAAGCUGGAAACCAUGAUGUGGACCACUUUGGGGCAGAUGGUGGCAAGUUCGAUCCGGAGAGGUGGCUCAAGUCUUUGAAUCCACCAGAGGAAAAAGAGGUCAGCGGUCUGCCGCACUUGAGCUUUGGAUCUGGAUCUCGGGCUUGCUCCGGGCAAUUCAUUGCAUCCAGACUACUUUAUUGCGCUCUUGUUCGUCUUCUGGCGUCGUACAAGAUCGUGGCUAGUGAGGAUAAUCCACCGAACACGGAUUAUGUGGAGUAUAACCAAUUCAAGACUGCUUUGGUUGCUAUUCCCAAGGACUUUCAUGUUCGGUUGAUUCCUAGGGAUGACAGGGUUACCUCUGAUUGCUUGGACCUGGCCGAACAGAGAACUAAGGGGCACUAUAAAGAGUAG